AUGAUCAUCUGUAGUUUCAUAAAAGAACAUAACCAUGAAAUUUUUCCUGAUCAAGCAUAUUACUUUAGGGGAAAUGGGAAUCUAGAUCUAAGAAGUAGCAAUGGGGAUGCAUUACAGAUUACCAGGGCUGGAACCAAAAAGAUGAAGGCUGGCAAUAGAAAAGGUAGCAGUGGAAACCAUUCAGAUCUGAAUGAAGAGCAACAAUUGAGAAGUGUUUUCUGGGUUGAUGCAAAAAGUAGGCUUGAUUAUAGACACUUUGGUGAUGUGAUUCUUCUUGACACCACACAUAUCAAGAAUGAAUAUAAGCUUCCUGUUAUUCCCUUUAUUGGUGUGAACCACCACUAUCAAUUCCUGUUGCUAGGAUGUGCAAUUGUGUCUGAUGAGGCUAAAUCAACUUAUACAUGGCUGCUACAGACAUGGUUGAGGGCAAUGGGCGGAUGUGCUCCAAAGCCACGCAUAACUUCACAAUCUACUUCAAUCAGCUCCCUUGUACCGUCGGCCACGGCAGUGAAGAAGACGGUGGUGAUGAUGAUCCUGUGGAAAGGAAGAAUUCCCGUCAAGCUCCCCUUUCCUCUUCACGCCGUCGGCCUCUGCUUCUCUACCUCUGGUUCUGUUCGUCUUUUUUGCUCUUGCCGUCGCCCACUGUUGAUUCCAGAUGGAGGAGAAGAAGAGGAUGAAGGUGAGAACGAUGACAGGCAUGUAAUGAUUGUUCUGCAAAUUUCUGGCGUGCACCAUAUCCCAUCUCAGUAUAUACUAAAACGAUGGACAAAAGAAGCAAAGAAUAGACAAAUACCAAGAGAGUUGUCAGAUGUGGUGGACUCUAGGAGCAAACGCUUUACUAAUCUCUAUCAACUAGCAUUUAAAUUGGGUGAUGAAGGGUCUUUAUCACAAGCAAGUUACACGACUGCUGUAAAUGCAUUAGAAGAAGCUUUGAGAAAGUGUGAGAACAUGAAUAACUCAACUAAGAGUGUCAUGGAACCAAUGUUACCAAUUCUUGGUUCUAAUCAUGUGAAUAUGAGUGACUCCGCUUGUAAUAUGAGUAGAAGGACAAUUCUUUGA